CUUUCCUAGUUCGCUGCAGAGUGCGGACUAAACAAAAGAGAAAGACAGAGACGAGGCGUUUGGCUCUGCUUCGUCUCACGUUAUAAAACAAACAAGCGUUAGACUCUCUGAAAGGGAAAGGGAAGAAGAAAUCUCGAUCUGGUCUGUUCUUGUCGUCGUGAGCACUGAACAGCCAUGGUGUCUGCAGGUUUGGUGAAGCUGAAUGCCUCCUCUUCGCAGUGGAUCGGACAACAGUCCUUCAACCAACGCCCUGGAUCGUCUCUUCGCUCGGCUCCCCGCCGAGUCGCUCUGCCCAUCCGUGCCGGAGCGUACACCGAGGAACUUGUUCAAACCGCUAAAUCUAUUGCAUCUCCUGGACGUGGUAUCCUUGCCAUUGAUGAAUCAAAUGCAACCUGUGGAAAGAGGCUAGCAUCCAUUGGUUUGGACAACACAGAAUCCAACCGACAGGCUUACAGGCAACUUUUGCUGACCACUCCUGGCUUGGGUGAAUAUAUUUCUGGUGCCAUUCUUUUCGAGGAAACACUAUACCAAUCAACAACAGAUGGAAAGAAAUUUGUAGACUGCUUGCGUGAGGAAAAAAUUGUGCCUGGCAUCAAAGUUGAUAAGGGUUUGGUUCCCCUACCAGGAUCGAACAAUGAAUCUUGGUGCCAAGGAUUAGAUGGAUUGGCUUCAAGAUCUGCUGAAUACUACAAGCAAGGUGCUCGUUUUGCAAAAUGGCGAACAGUAGUUAGCAUUCCUUGUGGUCCUUCUGCUUUAGCAGUUAAAGAAGCUGCAUGGGGACUUGCACGUUAUGCUGCUAUUUCUCAGGACAAUGGUCUUGUUCCUAUAGUGGAACCUGAGAUUCUCCUUGAUGGUGACCACUCAAUUGAGAGGACACUAGAAGUUGCAGAGCAUGUAUGGUCAGAAGUCUUCUACUACUUAGCACAAAACAAUGUAAUAUUUGAAGGUAUCCUGUUGAAACCCAGCAUGGUAACUCCAGGAGCUGAACAUAAAGAGAAGGCUUCUCCGGAGACUAUUGCUAAAUAUACACUCAAAAUGCUUAGGAGGAGAGUCCCCCCUGCGGUUCCUGGUAUCAUGUUCUUGUCGGGAGGACAAUCUGAAGUUGAAGCAACACUGAACCUGAACGCCAUGAACCAAAGCCCCAACCCAUGGCAUGUUUCGUUCUCAUAUGCACGAGCGCUGCAGAACUCUGUGCUGAAGACAUGGAAAGGACUGCCAGAGAAUGUAGAAGCUGCUCAGAAGGCCCUUCUGGUGCGUGCGAAAGCAAAUUCCCUUGCCCAACUUGGCAAGUACACCGGUGAGGGUGAGAAUGAGGAAGCCAAGAAGGGAAUGUUCGUUAAGGACUACAAAUAUUGAUGCAGAGAGGUCAUCAUAAAUCGCAUCUCUCAACCAUAUCUCUUAGAGGUGCGCUAAAAGCCAAGAAUUUCACUAAAUGUUAUUUUGUUAGUAGUUAACGUCUACUUAUCGGAUUCAGGAGCUUUCUUGUUUUUCUCUUUUUCUUGUAGCUUUUCUCUGCUAGAAGUGCGAUGCUUGAAUAACCAGUGAGAGAAUCAUGUGAACCCCUUUUUUUGAAAUAUAUAUAGCCCAAGAAAUGGGUUUGUAUUAGAAGGGAAGUAAGUAUACAUGUACUUUUAAUAAUUAAUUAAUAAUUCUUAUUUAUGCGUCUUAAAGAGGCACUCCAUGGAUGAUUUUCGUUCCUAAACCAAUGAAUGCUGUUGUUGCUUAGUCGUAA